AUGCCACCUCUUCCAUUUCCUCUUCUUCCGCGUCGCGCCUUUCAACCUACCAAAUUUCUACCAGCCCUUUCCGCGCAGCCCACAUGCACUACGAGGAUGAAUUUAAAGUCUGGCUUCGGUGACGACCGGCGUGACGACGAAAAUGACGAGGCGUAUCCCAUGCUGCAGCUUGCUGCACCCUUGGAUGGCGGGACGCCGGACCGAUAUAGUCUAGAUUCCGAGGACCCUCUCGCCGACGUCGAAACUAAGGAGAAGGAGCUGGGAGAUGACCGUCGGGGCGGGAAGAAAAGGAGAUACGCCUGGCGCGUAUCCUUGGGGCUCAGCUGCAUCAUCCUCCUCAUCCUAGCCGGAAUCCUUCUUUCUUAUUUCUUUCGCCAACAAUCGCGAGACCCCGAACCUGGUAGCACCAGCGGCAUCGCGGAGUCCAUCGUCAAUUCCGCCGAACUGGAGCUGGACACGGGCUUCAUUAUCUCUCGCGUGCCCAAGACGCGCGAAUACGUAUUUAAUGUUACCCGCCAGCUUGCCGCCCCUGAUGGUAUCGAAAAACCAAUGAUCCUCGUCAACGGCCAGUCCCCAGGUCCUCUUAUCGAGGCGAAUACGGGCGACAUCCUUCGGAUUACCGUCAACAAUCAGAUGCCCGAGGAGAGCACUACGAUCCAUUGGCACGGGAUAGACCAGAGGAAUUCGAAUUGGAUGGAUGGUGUCCAUGGCGUGACGCAGUGCGGCAUACCUCCUGGCGAGACUUUCACCUACGAGUUCAACGUGACAGGCCAACGCGGAUCGUUUUGGUAUCAUUCUCAUGUAUCCGUCCAAUAUACCAACGGACUUUUCGGACCUCUGAUUAUCCACGACCCGGAUGAGAAGGUCCCACAUUACGACGACGAAAAGAUCAUCAUGUUCGGUGAUCACUUCCACGAAGAUGCGGAAAAGUUGAGCGCUCUAUAUCUGGGCCCCGAGCAUCCCUGGAGUCCCAUGAUGGCGGGCAUGGAACCUCCCCCAGAUAACAUUCUCAUGAACGGAGUCCACGUCUCCAACUGCUCUACUCCUCCGAGCAUGGACCCUAGUAGCCUCACCCCCGAUGCCUCUUCGCAUUGUGCAGCCGGCUCGCUCUACACCACUCGCAUCCGGAGUGGUGACCAGACGCGCUUUAGACUCAUUAGCCAUAGUACCUCCACACCGUUUUGGGUCACAAUCGACAACCAUACGCUAGAAAUCGUCGAGAUAGACGGAACGGAAGUCGAGCCCAUCGCGACCACGCGAAUCUUCGUAAAUCCUGGCCAGAAGUACUCGGUCCUCGUCUCUGCGAACCAGACUGCCGGCAAUUAUCUCCUACGCGCCACGGCCGCCACAUCCUGCUUCCACUUACCGAGGGCUGCCUCUACAGGGCUAGCCAGCGUUAACUAUGAAGCUGUAGGAAUCUUAUCGUAUGACGACAUAAAUGCGGAUGCCGGUGUCAUCGGUUCGCCUUGGGACCUGCAGAGCAAGUCAAACUCCGUUUUCGGCGAUGAACCCUGGGGUCAGGAGUGUGACGAUUUACCUUUUGACAUUGCCAAACCCGUCAGACAAGCAACGGCUUACGAAGUAGGCGAGAGGAACUUUCACUACUUUUCGUUCGAACGACAUUCCAUCAAUAAUAGGAUUCAAACCGUCAUCAACCAGACGGCUUAUAAGCCACUUGUGGAUGAUGCAACUCUCUGGAAUGUUACAGAGCAAUAUUCAUCGAAUCUAGACGCGAACGCGGGGCCUCGUAAAGGUCAAAAUUUCCAAGUAGUUGGUUGGGGAAACAAGGACUACGGUGACGGCCGUACGAUCUGGAACCUAGAGAACCCAAUACGGCGGGAUACCAUAACCGUCCCAGGCUAUUCCCACGUCGUUUUGCGUAUCCGCGCGGACAACCCCGGAGUAUGGGCAAUUCACUGCCACAUUCUCUGGCAUGCCGAAGACGGCAUGACUCUGGCUAUCGCACAACGGCUGGAUGAGUUGGAAGAGCAACUAAAUGCGUUGGACGCCUCGGGUGCUGGUCACUCGUUGAGGCGACGGUUUUGCUCGGCGAACUGA